AUGGAAGAGGCAGCUGUCAAGAACCACAUGAAACCCUUACUUCCUCUGUACAGUGCAGGUUCACAACCACAAGCACCAAAGCAGAGGGGCAGGCAGCACGCGCCAGGCAGCCGGAGCACCAACCCAGCCAUGCUCCCUGAGGAGUUUGUUUACAGGGUCUGUUCCUUCCUCUCCUCCCUCCCUCCACAGAUCAGUGAACGCCUAGAGCUUCUAGGCUCUGACCCCGCCUAUCUCCUGGAAAACUAUAGCUCUUCCUUUGACUAUGGAGGAGAAAACGAGAGCGAUUUCUGCUGUGAUUCCCCACCCUGCCCACAAGACGUCAGCCUGAACUUUGACCAGGCCUUCCUGCCAGCCCUCUAUGGCCUCCUCUUUGUGCUGGGGCUGCUGGGCAAUGGCGCUGUGGUGGCAGUGCUGCUGAGCCAACGAGCAGCCCUGAGUAGCACUGACACCUUCCUGCUUCACCUGGCUGUGGCUGAUGCCCUGCUGGUGCUAACGCUCCCCCUCUGGGCAGUGGAUGCUGCGAUCCAGUGGGUUUUCGGCUCUGGGCUCUGCAAAGUGGCAGGUGCCCUCUUCAACAUCAACUUCUAUGCAGGGGCCCUCCUGCUGGCCUGCAUCAGCUUUGAUCGGUACCUGAGCAUAGUGCAUGCCACUCAGCUCUACCGCCGGGGGCCCCCGGCUCGUGUGACCCUCACUUGUGUAGCUGUCUGGGGGCAAUGUCUAUUCUUUGCCCUCCCUGACUUCAUUUUCCUGUCAGCUCACCGUGACGCACGCCUCAAUGCCACCCACUGCCAGUACAACUUCCCACAGGUGGGCCGCACGGCACUGCGCCUACUGCAGCUGGUGGCUGGCUUCCUGCUGCCCCUGAUGGUCAUGGCCUACUGCUAUGCCCGCAUCCUAGCUGUGCUGCUGGUCUCCAGGGGCCAGCGGCGACUGCGAGCCAUGCGGCUGGUGGUAGUGGUAGUAGUGGCCUUUGCCCUCUGCUGGACCCCCUACCACCUGGUGGUGAUGGUGGACAUCCUCAUGGACAUGGGGGCUUUGGCCCGCAACUGCGACCGAGAAAGCCAUGUGGACGUGGCCAAGUCUGUCACCUCAGGCCUGGGCUAUAUGCACUGCUGCCUCAACCCGCUGCUCUAUGCCUUCGUGGGUGUCAAGUUCCGAGAGCGGAUGUGGACGCUACUUCUGCGCCUGGGCUGCCCUGGCCAGAGUGGGCACCAGCGGCAGCUGCCAUCUUCCCGCCGGGAUUCAUCCUGGUCUGAGACCACAGAGGCCUCCUACUCGGGCUUGUGA